UAGUGCAAAGAUUAUUAAUUUUUUUUUAACGAUUUCUAUUUUAUCGCUAUUGAGAUAUAAAUACAGAAGCAAAGUUUACACGAAUCAUAAGUCGACCACUAAUCAUUAAGGAACCAUUGUCAAAAUUUAAGUGGAAAUUAAAUAAAAUAAAAAAAUGUUCAAAAACAUGAAGAUAUAUUUUUUGGUAUUUUUGACAAUGGCAAUUAUUUUAGAAUGUAAUUCAAUAAUCAGCGUUGAAGAUGUUCAAAAUUAUGCAAAAAAUGAAACGGCUGUUGUUUAUAAAACGAAGGAGAUAAUUACUGGAUUAAAAAAAAUAAUGAGAGAAGGAUAUAAAUCAUUACAAUUGCCUAUAAUUGAUCCAUUACAAAUAAAUUCGCAAAAUUUAAACUUAAACACACCUCAAUUUCGAGGUAACGUUUCUUUUGGUGCUAUAAAUAUCACAGGUUUAUCUAUUUAUAACGUAGACAAUAUUUCAUUCGAACCAAAAGAUUUCCUUCUUGCAUUUACUAUGAAAUGGCCCAAACUUGAGGGACUUAUUUUAAAUUAUAAUUUAGCUAAUGGUAAAUUUAUGAAGAUUUUUAAAGCUUCAGCAAGUGGAAAUGCAAUUGUUAUUGCAAAGAAUGUUAUAUAUUCCAUUACAGCAUCAAUAGGCGUUAAUGAAAAAAAUUCGACCCUAUCCAUUAAGGAUUUUAACAAUUUUCUUUCUGUUGGUGAAAAAGGAGACAAAAACUCAAUUCAGAUAAAAAAAUUAGGUCCAAAAAAAUUAAAAUUGUUCUCUGGUAUGGUUAAUAAACUUAUCAAUAAUAAAGCAACUAAAAUUUUCAAUGACAAUAGUAAAUUAAUCGAAGACAAUCUAAAAAAAAUAAUAAAACCGUCAUUAAAUGAAUUUUUACAGAAGAAAACUCUUGCGGACCUAGUAAAACUUUAUAAGUUUUAGAAAAAAGUUUAAUUAUUCCAUAUUGCUAUUAAAAAAGAGCAAAGGAAUAAAUUAUCAAGGUCUAAUUGUAUUUCAAAAAAUGUAUAAUAUAUUUAGAAAAAAUUUAUAUUUAAAAUUUUUUAUUUAUUAAAUUAUUUAAAAAAUUUUAAGAACAAAAAUUUAUU